ACAGAAUGUUUAAGUCACUGUGCUUCCUAGUCCUGCUCUUCGUAGCCCUUAGUGAUGCCUUCUAUGGUAAAGGAUACGGUAAAAGCAUUGUUAUCCUCGGUGGAAAAGGAUUAGGUUGGGGAGGAUAUGGCGGAUAUGGAGGAUAUGGUGGCUUUAGAGGAUUUGGCGGUUUUGGAUGGGGAGGAAAGGGAUAUGGAGGCUUAGGAUGGGGAGGAUAUGGCGGAUAUGGAGGAUAUGGUGGAUAUGGAGGAUAUGGCGGAUAUGGUGGAUACGGAGGAUAUGGAGGAUAUGGCGGAUAUGGAGGAUUAGGCUGGGGAAAAGGAUACGGAGGAUAUGGAGGUAUUGGAAUAGGAUUUGGAGGCUUCGGAGGACGUGGAAAGGGCUACUAUUAAAAUUGAUGGAUGUUUAUAUUUUGGUAUUGUUGAAUUUUUUAUAAAAUAAAUGAUGUAAAAUAA